GAUAUCAGGAAGCGACUUUUAAGGAACUCCAGGAAACUGUGAAAAAUCUCUGUGUUAAAAAAGAUGGAGAGCAGUGUUGUGUUGCUGUGCAUGAUGCUGGGAGUCGGUGUGACAUCAGUGUCAGCCGAGCCGGGUAUCAUCGAGAGCUUCGUGAUAUCCAUCAACCAGCGUCCCUGGCUGAUCAGUGUCUACGUCCUCACUAUUGGACUCCCCGUCAUUCUCUUCAUCAGCUUCAUGUGGCCUGAUAAGAGAUUCGGACCUCCUGAUCAACCGUAUUACUACAAGAAGUCUGACGAUGCUCAGCCAGACGAUCCUGAGAUGUCACGCCUGAGCGAUUCAACCAACAUCACAAGACAACCUCGACGAGGAGACGCUCCACCAAUUCACAAGAGGAAACAUAAAGCAGCAUGUCCAAUGAACAACUAAACAUAUUAUGGUGUUGCCUCAUUAAGUCGAACAGUUAGAUGACUGAAAGCUGAAAAUCUGUGCAGU